GUGGCGUUUAAUACAGCCCGGUGUCAGAUUAGACACUUGCAUCUGUAUUAUCAUUGGGGAAAAAAAGUAUUUCUUUCGUAAAGGCAGCCGUUUUGGUUAUUAUUCUAGUCUGCAAUAUCCAUCUCUCUUCAUCUUCUUGCAGGCAUUUUUAGAAUGGGGAAUAGUCUGCCUACUUCUGUAGGAUUGUCUAAUGAUGCUGCUGUGAAUCAAAUACAGGAGAUUAUUUCAGGCAACUGUGUGGUGAUUUUCUCUAAAACAACAUGCUUCUACUGCAAAAUGGCAAAAAAACUUUUUGAGGGUAUGAAUGUAAAUUAUACAGCUGUAGAACUGGACGUGAAUACAAAUGGAAGUCGGUUCCAAGACAUUCUUGAACAGAUGACUGGUGGCAGAACAGUCCCAAGAGUGUUUGUCAAUGGGACUUUCCUUGGAGGUGCGACAGAUACUCAAAGGCUUCAUGAGGAAGGCAAACUGCUUCCAUUAGUUCAUCAAUGUCAGCUGAAAAGAAAAUCCUGAACAGCCAUCUAGCUUAGUUUAGUCUUCCUUUGUAUAAACACAGUUUCAGACAAGUUAGAAGAUCGCAAAGAUACACUGCAUCAGCUGGACUCAACAACUUCAAGCCAUGGAUUUCUGAAUUGUAGAUCAUUCUCUGACAUGGAGUUUAUGGACUUGGCAAAUUACUUGGUGACCUUGCCUCAGCUCUACCACAACCAAAACGGUGAUUAAAAACAUUAUGUAACUCUUGGGGCUCUAAGUGUGAGAUAGUGAUGUCAUUUUAUUGCUAUUACAUUCUGAUACUAUGCUUUGGAGAAGUAUAGACUGUACAAGAAGAAUCCUGUGGGGUUUUUUUCUGCAAAGCUUGCUAGCUUUGUUCCGACAGUUACAAUAAAUGGUCAGUUUAAUUUAAUGGUUCCUUUAAAUUUAAUUCUUCUCUGAAUGUCAAGCUGUAAUCAUGAAGAAAGUAUGAAGCAAAACAAGUUUGUAGUGAUAUUGCUGUAUGCAUGUCUGCCUCUCUUACAUGUCAGUGUCUGAUCACCUAGCUACCAAAUUGUAUGGGAAUAAAGAUUCUUGCAGCUUUA